AUGUCUUCAAUUGUAUCUUUACCAUUUUUAAAAGAUUUCAUAGUUGUACUAAUUCCAAUUUUGUUUGUAACCGCAACGCCGAUUAAUAAUGGGUUGGUUUUGAAAAUUAAUCCCGUUUAUCCGAAAGAAGAAAUAAAGGCUAAAUCGAUCGAUACAAGCUUAACUAAAAAUCGACAAGACCUAAAAGCCACAGUGAAUAAUAGACUAAUAUCUGAAGCAAUCUUCCCGAAAACCGUAGAUACGGAAACGAGUUGCACGAAUCGAGUUACCAAAAUCCUAUUUCCUCCAGGAGAUGAAUUUAAUGAUUCUGAAUCGGGGCUUAACAUAAAUUUUAUUAAUAUUCCCAUAGUCGAGCAGCAAGUUCAAGAUUAUACAAUUAUUGUAGCAAAAGCUCCAAAGAAGUUUAAAAUUGGAAGAGAGCAUGAAGCUUUGCCCGUUAUUGUUUACAUCGUGUUUCCUAAUGACGAUCCUGAGAAUAUGUCUAUUAAAAUACCUCUCAUUUAUUUCGUUACCGAGUCUGAGCAGUUAAAUUUGAACGAAAAAGAUAAAUUAGAUCCUAUAAUACUGAUAAACAGCAAUCGAACAACGACUGGAUUGAAAAGUAACAAUGUGUUUAAAUUUGUGAAGUUUAAAAAUAAA